AUGGUUCUGCUGGUCGGAUUAAUUACAAUUGCUGUAUUAUUCGGCAUUGAGAAAGACUUUGCUAACGAUUUACAAAGGCAAGUGGACAGUAUUAAGAAGGACUUGAAAUGUUUGAAUGACACACCCGUGGACUGCAGAGACCUCUAUGAUAAAGGUGUCAUAGUGUCUGGUGUUUAUAUCAUUUGUCCAUGGAAAAGAGGGGAGACAAACUUACGUUGUGUGCAAGUCUACUGUGAUAUGGCAACGGAUGGCGGGGGUUGGACAGUGAUACAAAGAAGACAGUCCUGCGAUGUGAGCUUUGAACGAAAUUGGGAAGAAUAUAAGAUGGGCUUUGGAGAUGUUUCUACAAGCUACUGGAUUG